CUGCGUUUUCUCUUUAGCAUUUCUCUUUCUUGUUCCAUCAUGUCCGUCACCAAGGUUCACGCCCGCCAAAUUUUCGACUCUCGCGGUAACCCCACCGUCGAAGUCGAAGUCAGCACUGCCAAGGGCAUCUUCCGUGCCGCCGUUCCUUCCGGUGCCUCCACUGGUAUCCACGAAGCUCUCGAACUCCGUGAUCAGAUCAAGGAAGACUACGUCGGCAAGGGUGUCUUGAAGGCUGUUGAGAACGUCAACAAGACCAUUGGCCCCGCUCUCAUUGAAUCCAAGCUCAACGUCGUUGACCAAAAGGCCAUUGAUGACUUUUUGUUGAAGCUCGAUGGUACUCCCAACAAGAGCAAGCUCGGUGCUAACGCCAUCCUCGGUGUUUCCUUGGCUGUUGCCAAGGCCGGUGCCGGCGAGAAGGGUGUUCCUCUCUACGUCCACUUUGCCGACCUUUGCGGUUCCAAGAAGCCCUUUGUCUUGCCCGUGCCUGCUUUCAACGUUAUCAACGGUGGUUCCCAUGCCGGUAACAAGUUGGCUAUGCAAGAGUUCAUGAUCAUGCCCACCGGCGCCAAGUCUUUCACUGAAGCCAUGAAGAUCGGUUCCGAAGUGUACCAUGCUCUCAAGAGCGUCAUCAAGGGUAAAUAUGGUUUGGAUGCUACCAACGUCGGUGACGAGGGUGGUUUCGCUCCCAACAUUCAGGACAGCAAGGAAGGUCUCGACUUGUUGAUCACUGCCAUUGAAAAGGCCGGUUACACUGGCAAGGUCAAGAUCGCCAUGGACUGUGCUGCUUCCGAAUUCUACAAGGAUGGCAAGUACGAUUUGGACUGGAAGAACCCUGAUUCCAACGCGGCCGAUCAACUCACCGGUCAGCAAUUGGCUGAACUCUACAAGUCCUAUGCCGAAAAGUAUCCCAUUGUUUCCAUUGAGGAUGCUUUCGAUCAGGAUGACUGGGACAACUGGACCCAUCUCAACGGUACUUCCGACUUCCAGUUGGUGGGUGAUGACUUGACUGUGACCAACCCGAAGCGUAUUGCUACUGCUAUUGAGAAGAAGGCUUGCAAUGCCUUGCUUCUCAAGGUCAACCAGAUUGGUAGUGUCACUGAGAGUAUCCAGGCUGCUUUGGACUCCCAAGCUGCUGGCUGGGGUGUCAUGGUUUCCCACCGUUCCGGUGAAACUGAGGAUACCACCAUUGCUGACCUUGUGGUUGGUCUCCGCACUGGCCAAAUCAAGACCGGUGCUCCUUGCCGUUCCGAACGCUUGGCCAAGCUCAACCAGUUGUUGCGUAUUGAGGAAGAAUUGGGUGCCAAUGCCAUCUAUGCCGGUGAAAACUUCCGCAAAGCCCAUCAAUUGUAAAUGUAAAUAGACAACUCCAAAAACCAAAAAAACCCUAAUAUCCCUCGACAAAUAAGCAUUUAAUGACUAUUUUACCAAGACGAGAACACCACUCACGGGUUUUGUAAGCAUUUCAACAUGAUAUCAUUUUCUGGUUGUUGAGUGCUCAAAAAGACUAAAUAAACAAGAACAUAUUAACAUUUGCAGAUUUUUUACAUUGAUGCCGAACACUAUGUAGUGCUUUCAAGAUGACCGCAUCCCAAGGAC